AUGUUGAAGGAACUUAACAUACCACGAAAGAUCGUAACUAGCGGUCAGGACGUUCGUAGAGAAAUUCAUGGAUUUUGCGACGCAAGUGAGCGUGCUUAUGGAGCUUGCAUCUAUAUGCGUAGUAUCAAUACUGAAGGUACCUUUGCACUUAAUAUGUUCCAAAUCUCGUGUCGCACGGUCAAGGCAUUGUCCUUACCUCGGUUAGAGCUUUGUGGAGCACAAUUAUUGGCUCAGCUCAUGGACAAAGUUGUAAGCACCUUAGAAAUCAACAUCGACAACAAAUAUUACUGGACUGAUUCAUCAAUCGUCCUACACUGGCUUCAAGCAAGCAACAGGAAAUUACCGGUCUUCAUAGCUCAUAGAAUCGGAGACAUUCAGGAAAUAACAUCGAUCGAGAACUGGAAACAUGUCGGGAGCGCACAAAAUCCGGCUGAUCUGGUCUCACGAGGCAUCAGCGCCAAGGACGGUUUGGAAACCAAUCCAUUCAACAAAUCCUCUACCCUUAACAGGCUCAUCCGAGUGGCAACCACAUGUCUACGCUUCAUACACAACUGCAGAGGACAUAAACAAUGUGGACCUUUGACAGUUGAGGAGCUACAAGAAGCUACAAGGAGAUUAAUAAGAAGAGAUCAAGAGCUCACGUUCGACAGAGACAUCAAGGAUCUGAAAGACAAAGGAAUCGUAUCAAGUGGAAGCAAUUUGAAACAAUUAAAUCCAUUCAUCGAUGAAGAAAAUAUAAUACGAGUUGGCGGUAGAUUCCAACGUUCCUAUCUACAUUCGGACGUUAAACAUCCAUGUCUAUUGCAUCAACGAUCACAUCUUACAAGGCUCAUUAUCGAGCACGAGCAUCAAAGACUUAUGCACGCAGAAAUAGAAGCGACUCUAGCCGCUAUACGACUUAAAUAUUGGCCGCUCAAGGCGCGGCCAAGGUUUUCGGAGCAAGUAAUGGGAAAUUUGCCCAUACAUCGGGUCAUACCCUCAAGACCAUUCAGUUGCAUAGGUAUAGACUUUUGUGGACCGAGAUACGUUCGUAAAGGAUCGCGUAGAAACAAUAAGAACGUAAAGGCAUAUGUCGCAGUAUUCAUUUGCUUGGCUACAAAGGCGGUCCACUUGGAGGUGGUCUCAAACUUAACCACUGAUGCGUUUCUCAAUGCGUUCAAGAGUUUUAUUGGACGAAGAGGUAAACCAUCGGAUGUCUUCUCUGACAACGGCACCAACUUCCAUUUUAUCCCUCCAUGGGCCCUUCACUUUGGAGGUCUCUGGGAGGCCACAGUUAAGUCUUUCAAGAGGCAUUUCAACAAAAUCGCCCAUGACAUUCCACUCACGUUUGAAGAGGCAUCGACUUUGAGCAUCCAGAUAGAAGCCAUUCUCAACUCAAGACCAUUAAUUGUCAUGUCUCAUGAUCCAAACGAUUUAAGUUAUGUUUCAGCAGGUCAUUUCCUCAUAGGUGACACGAUAGUAUCAUAUCCGGAGUCAGGCUUAACUCAGAUAAAAACGAACCGACUAUCAAGGUGGCAGCAUUUGGAACAGAUGAAGCAGCAUUUUUGGAGACGUUGGUCAUUCGAAUACUUGUUCCAGCUCCAAAAUCGGACACAAUGGCAGUCGAAUCGUGGUCCAGCUCUCCAGGUUGGACAAUUAGUAGUUUGUCGCGAAGACGGGCUACCCCCCUUUAAAUGGAUGCUGGGAAGAGUCGAGGAAGUUUUUCCGGACAACGAUGGUGUUAUUCGUACCGCAACAAUCAAGACAUCAGCGGGUUCAUAUAAAACGCCAGCAGCUAAAUUAGCCGUAUUAUCCGUCGAGGACAAUUUAGAUAAUAAGAAAAAUGAUAUAUUCCGAGUCUAUCAAGGCGCGCAGUAUGUUAAUGAAAUUCGUACUAUAUUUGGUUUUCGCGCCAUUCGAUACUCGAAAUGUUCCGCGAGCAAUGUAAAGAGACUGAAGGAGGGCGCUAAACGCGGAAUAAUAAUGUCUUAUCAUGAAGAAUCGAAUCAAGACACGA